GGCGAGAGAGGAGAGACAUUACGAUAGACAGAAUAAAAGAAAUCAGUGAUAGAUAGAAAAGGACAUCUCUGUGAGACAGACAAGACAAGAGUGAGGGAGACGGAGCGUGAGAGAGGAGGGAGAGUGAAAGUGGAGUAGACUCCAGACGGAAAGACAGAGUAAAAGUAUAGGAAGGGGGAGAAAAAAGUAGGAGGAAGAGGAAAAGGAAGAGUGUGAGGGAAAGCCAAAGCAGCGAGUGAGAGAGAAAGAGGGGAAGGAGUGAGUGAGUGAGUGAGUGAAGCCGGAGUUAAAGGGAGAUAAUAAGCUGCGACUUGAUAAUUUCCUCAAUAUCCGGGAACUUGAAAUGGCGGCACUCUGUACUAUACACUCGUACAACGACCCAGUUGAUGUAACAAAAAUAACAUCAGGUCUUUCCUACAUUGAUGAAUGUGUAACUUUAAAGAAUACGCCAUGUCCUGGGCGCUGUAUCAACAUUCCAGGAUCUUACAGAUGUAACUGUUCAGUAGCUGGAUAUGUAGAUAGCAGGAAUCCACAUUCUUGUAAUGACUUUGAUGAAUGUUCCAUCAAUAAUGGUGGCUGUUCUGACAGAUGUGAAAAUAUACAUGGCUCAUAUAAGUGUCGUUGUGAGAGAAAAGGUUACAAAUUAGCAGCAGAUCGACAUUCAUGUGAAGAUCUAAAUGAAUGUGAACGUUAUAGGAAAGCCUGCAGUGGUGGGAAAUGUUUUAAUACUGUUGGAUCAUACUACUGCAAAUGUAAAAAGAGUUUUGUUCUUAGUGAAGACAAGUCCCAGUGCAUUGAUAUCAAUGAGUGCGAAUCGAAUAAUGGUGGCUGCAGUAUGGGAUGUGUAAACCUGUUUGGAUCUUUCAAAUGUACUUGCCCAAAAGACGCAUAUACAAUUGCUGCUGACGGAUUUUCUUGUUUAGAUGUUGAUGAGUGUGAAAACAACAAAGGAGGAUGUGAUGAGAAAUGUAUCAACACCAUUGGGUCUUUCAAGUGUCUGUGUGAAACAUUUGGAAAAGUUUUAUCUGAAGAUGGCAAGACUUGUCAAUUUUGUACAAAAAACACCUACUUUAAUUCGGCCAAGAAGUCUUGCACCAACUGCCCCAAACAUUCUUACAUUGCUGAAGGCUCACCUCAUCUAUCAGUUGAUGAAUGCAUUUGCAAUAAAGGUUUUGAAGGAAACCCUGGGAAAGCUGUUACAUGUGAAGAUAUAGAUGAAUGCAGCACAUCUACUAACCAAAGCAAGGCUUGUUCGUACGGUUGCAUUAACACACCAGGAAGUGCAUACUGCACAUGUCCCAACGGGUUCACUUUGCAGGAGAAUCAAAGGGACUGUACAGACAUUGAUGAAUGUGCUUCAAGAAAUGGUGAUUGUCAACAGAUCUGUGAGAAUGUAGAUGGUUCAUACUAUUGUGAAUGUCACAGACCAGGCUUUAUACUGUCUAAUGAAGAUAACAAAACUUGUCUAGACAUCGAUGAGUGUGCUGAUGGCUUUGGUUGUGAAUAUGACUGUGUGAACACCAAUGGCAGCGCCUACUGUGCUUGUGCAGUUGGUUUCGAAUUGGCACCAGACAUGAAGAACUGUACAGAUGUAGAUGAAUGUUUGCUUGAUAACAGCACUUGUGGAGAAACCUGCAUCAAUCUGGAAGGCUCUUAUGAAUGUAUAUGUAGCUCUGCUGGUAUGAAACUCUCCUAUGACAGAUUCUCAUGUAUAGAUAUCAAUGAAUGUGUGGAAGGUUUUAAUCCCUGUGAAGAAAACUGUGUGAAUACCAUUGGGUCAUUCUACUGUGAAUGUUUGACACAUGGAUUUGAACUCACUUCUGAUGGUUUCAACUGUUCUGAUGUUGAUGAAUGUGCCUCAGAAUUAAAGAAUGGAUGUGACCAGCUCUGUUACAAUGUACCUGGCUCUUAUGAUUGUGACUGCAACCCUGGUUACUGGAUGGACACUUCAUUGGAUUGCAUAGGUUGCCUGCGGAACACAUACCGUUCAAAGACUGAUGUUAUCUGUGUUCAAUGUCCCAACUCCUCCCACACAGAUGGUCCAUUGAAAACCUCAAUUAAAGAUUGCUUCUGUAAUGAAGGUUACCAAGGAAGUCCACCUGACAACAUUCCAUGUGAAGACAUUGAUGAAUGCGAGAACAAUUAUUUUGCCUGUGAACACAAAUGUCACAAUACUCCUGGCUCUGUCCACUGUUCCUGUCCCAAAGGAUUCCAACUAACAGAAAAUAAGAAGAACUGCACUGACAUCAAUGAAUGCCUUAGCAGUAAUGGGAACUGUGCACAAAUCUGCAUUAACACUAUUGGCUCUCAUCAUUGUGAGUGUGAACCAGAGAGAUAUGUUUUGGCAGAAAAUGGAUUUUCCUGUUCUGAUGUAAAUGAAUGUGCCAAAGAAAAUGACGGAUGUUCACAGAUAUGUGUAAACACUGUCGGCAGCAGCUACUGUGCCUGUUCUCAUGGUUUUAAAUUGAAGCCAAAUACCAAAAAUUGUACUGACAUCAAUGAGUGUGAAGAUAAUUACAUCUGUGAUGAUGUUUGUGUCAAUAAUAAUGGAUCAUUUGAAUGUUUCUGUAACAAAACUGGUUUCAUCCUACAUAGCAACAGAAGAUCAUGCAUUGAUAUCAAUGAAUGUUUCCUGAAUAGAAGUAUCUGCCACCAGGCCUGCGAGAAUACACAGGGUUCUUACCGUUGUUACUGUAUGACUGGAUAUACCCUAAGUGAAGACGGAUACACCUGCCAAGAUGUUGAUGAGUGUGCUUCAAACAAAACUCAUGGCUGUUCCCAUAUCUGCAUUAAUAUUCCUGGUUCUUAUCAAUGUGAUUGUCCCAGUGGCUACCAAGUGUCAAGUGGAACAUCCUGUAGCAAAUGUCCACAUGAUAGUUAUCGAAGUGUAAAUGAUACAGGUUGUCAACGUUGUCCAACAGAUUCAUUCACAGCUGACGCUGGCAGCACAUCCGUUGAGGACUGUUUUUGUGCAUCAGGAUUUAUUAGAGACAGGUUUGGAAAGGAACACUGUACAGAUAUCCAUCCAUGUUUGCAAAUCGGUCUAAACUGCUCCCAGUACUGUAAACUUAGUCAAGACGAGCCAUACUGUUAUUGUUAUAGUGGCUUCCAACUCAAAAGCAACAGUAGUUCAGAAUGUGUUGAUAUUGAUGAAUGUGCUGAAAACAAUGGGAAAUGCAAUCAGGUCUGUAUCAAUACAAUUGGUAGCCAUAAAUGUGACUGCAAUGAAGGAUUUCGCAUGUUGUAUGGCGACAGGUAUACUUGUGAGGAGACCAAUGAGUGUGAUUUCAACAAUGGUAACUGCAGUCAUCAAUGUGUCAAUGAUGUAGGUAGCUUUCACUGCACAUGUAACGAAGGUUAUACUUUAUCAACUAAUGGCCAUUCCUGUCUACCAAGUGAUGGGUGCGAAAGUUUUGAAGUUCCUCAGCAUGCAGUAAUAAAAAACCACUUAUGCCAGAGAAAUCGAAGAUUAAAGUUUGGCCAAAGAUGUCACAUAAAUUGUUUAAAAGGUUUUAAUAUGGAAGGUCCUUCAAUGGUAGUAUGCUUGAAGACUGGCUCUUGGUCAGGACAUAACAUCACUUGUAGAGACAUCAAUGAGUGUGAAGAAAACAAUGGUAAAUGCAGCCAGAUAUGCGUUAAUGAACUGGGUGGCUAUAGUUGCAACUGCACAGCUGGUUAUAGAUUGCGCAAAAAUGGACAUACUUGUUCUGACAUGAAUGAAUGUCAGGAGGACAAUGGUAGAUGUGACCAUCAAUGUGUGAAUACAGUGGGAAGCUACUUCUGUGGAUGUAAUCAAGGUUUUUCUCUGGAUACUGAUAAACACUCUUGCACCUCUGAUGGAUGUGACCAAUUCCAAGUUCCUGAUAAUGCUUUGGUAAACAACAGUAGAUGCACAGACAUUAAAGGUCAUAUUGACGUUGGAACUGUUUGUGUUAUCAGCUGUCAAGAAGGUUUCGUGCUUGCAGGAUAUCCGACAGUGAGUUGUUUUAUAAAUGGAACAUGGUCAAGACAUAGUGCCACUUGUAAAGAUAUCAAUGAGUGUACAAAGGAUAAUGGAAGAUGUGCCCACCAGUGCAUUAAUACAGAGGGCAGCUACUUAUGUGAGUGUAAUCAAGGCUAUACUCUGGAGAUUGAUGGACAUUCUUGCUCAGAUAUUGACCAAUGCCAGGAAAAUAAUGGAAACUGUGAACAAAAUUGUCACAACAUGAAUGGAAGUUAUGUCUGUAGCUGUGAUGCUGGCUUUUCACUGCACCCUGAUAACCGUUCAUGUUCAGAUAUCAAUGAAUGUCACCAAAACAACCAAUGUGAACAUUUGUGCUUUAACACUAUGGGCAGUUACCGUUGUGUAUGUAAUUCAGGUUUCACUUUGGAUAUGGACAAACAUUCUUGUGUUGGAUAUUGUGAUAUGUUUGAACUCCCUGAAAAUACAUUUGUGAAAAACUCCGGUUGCCCACUGAAUCAGAAAAUAAAAAUUGGCUCCAAAUGUCAAGUUCAGUGCCAUAAAGGUUAUCGGUUGAGUGGCUCGUCAACUUAUAAAUGUUUAAAAAAUGGUUUCUGGUCAAAGAAUAACGUCACAUGCAUAGAUAUUGAUGAAUGUGAAAAGAAGAACGGUAAAUGUGACCAUAAGUGUGUCAAUACAUUAGGCAGUUACUUUUGUAAAUGUAAUGAUGGCUACAGUCUUCACCCAAAGGGACAUUCUUGCAUAGAUAUCAAUGAAUGUGAGAAGAAAAAUGCUAGCUGCCAACAUACAUGCGUCAAUUCGAAGGGGAGUUAUUUCUGCAAAUGUAAAGCUGGCUUCACUCUCAAUCCUGAUGGAUAUUCAUGUAAAGCUAAAUUCUGUGACAAGUUUCAAGUACCAGAAAAUGCUAUUGUCAAAAAUCAGAGAUGCUUAAAGGACCCUUUAAUGAAACUAGGUAGUCGCUGUCAAGUAAAAUGUCACAAAGGUUUCCGUUUGCCUGUAUCUUCAACUUUUAGGUGUUUAAAAGAUGGUUCAUGGUCAAAGAAAAACGUCUCAUGUGAAGAUAUCAAUGAAUGUGAGAAGAAUAAUAAAUGUGACCACCAGUGUAUCAAUACUCCGGGCAGCUAUUUCUGUAAAUGUGACAAAGGUUACACUCUUGAUUCAAAAGGACAUUCUUGUAAAGCUGAAUAUUGUGAAACUUUCCAUGCUCCUGUAAACGCUGAUGUGAAAUACAAAGCCUGUUUAAAGAACCAGACAUUACAGAUUGGAACCAAAUGUCCAAUUAAAUGUCACAAAGGUUUUCAUUUGGAUGGCUCCUCAACCCUAAGGUGCCUUAAAAAUGGUUCCUGGUCUAGAAAUAAUGUCACCUGUGAAGAUAUUGAUGAAUGUGAGAAGAAUAAUGGUAAAUGUGAGCACCAGUGUGUCAAUACAAUGGGAAGUUACUUCUGUAAAUGUGACCCAGGUUACCAUCUCAAUCCAAAUGGUCGCACUUGCUCAGCCUCAGUGUGUAACACACUUACUGCCCCUGAUAAUAAUAAUAAUGUAACAGUGAAGAGUGUUAAGUGUCUCACCAGAGCUAAGCUAAUUGCUGGAACUAAAUGCCAACUUGCUUGUCCAAAAGGCCAUGAAGUAAAAGGUCCUUCAUUCUUGGAGUGUUUAGGAAAUGGUACUUGGUCAAAAUUCAAGUCUACCUGCCAAGACAUCAAUGAAUGUGAAACCCACAAUGGGCAGUGUAGCAACAUAUGCAUCAAUGAAGUGGGCAGUUAUCAUUGUGAAUGUCCAGAUGGACUCAACUUAACAUCUGAUGGUCAUUCUUGUCUAGCAUCACAUUGUCCAAGCUUGGUGUUUCCAGAAAAUGGUCAGUUAAUACCAGCCUCUUGUCAAUACCCUAAUGAAACUGGUAUAAAACCAGGAACUGUAUGCAAGGUGAAGUGUUUGAAAGGAUACACAGUUAAUGGCACAAAGUCUGUAAAAUGUUUGUUAAAUGGGUCUUGGUCUCAGAAACAAGCAACAUGUGCAGCCAAAUCAUGUCCUAAAAUGAGUAUCACCCCUCAUGCCACUUUGGAGCCAACCAUUUGUCAAAAUAGCACUGUUCCUGUGAACACCUUUUGCCUGACAAAAUGUGCAAGUGGAUAUCAAUUAGUUGGAGAUGCUAUAAACCAUUGUCUUCCUUCAUCAACCUGGGCUAAGGAAUCAGCCAAAUGUGUUCCAUUAACCAUUGUCAAUGGUAUCCAGUGUCCAGCCAACAUACAACAAGUUCUACCUAAGAGAAAGAGUUACAUUGCUAUUGCUAUGCCACAUAUUGAGAAUGCAGUCGAUUGGACAGUUGAAGAGACAUGGGCAGACUUUAAAAGAUCCACUGUACUGUUCCAAGCUGGCAAAACUGUUCUUCAUCUAAAUGUGAAGAGCAAAUCAGGAGAUAUAGUUAAAUGUAAUCUGACCAUUGAAGCCAUUGAUCAAGAACCUCCAGUUUACAGAUCUUGCCCCAAGAUUGUUCAAACUGUAGCAUGGGGAAAACAUCCCAAAGUUUUUUGGGAAAUACCAUUAUUUUUAGACAACGUAGCUGUUGUCAAAAUAAAAAGUAAUAAAGUCCCAGAAGAAAGUGAAAUGGAUUAUGGAAUGAACCAAGUCAUUUACACAGGUCGAGAUAGUGAAAAUAAUUUUGCAAGGUGUAUAUUUAUGGUGGACGUAAAACAUGGAAGAUGUCCAGAAUUAGUCAAACCCCAAAAUGGUUACCUACGUUGCAGUUACACUGAUGAUGAUGCACAAAGAUGCACAGCAGGAUGUAAUUCCUAUUUCCGUUUUCCAAACAACCAUACCAAAUUUGUAUUCCGAUGUCCUCCUGACUCAGACAAGUGGGAUAUUCCACCCAUUCAACUUACGCAUUGCAUAGAUAUGUGUAAGCCAGGAAGUUUCCGGCAAAGAGACACUGUUUGUGAGCCAUGUGCGAUAGGGACCUUCCAGAACAAAUGGGAGAAGACUUUCUGCAAACCAUGUCCUCUUGGAAAAACUACACUUGCAGCAGGAGCAAAGAAUCAAAGACACUGUGUUAGCAUUUCUCAAUAAAAGAAUUCUUAAGGCCUACUUAACUUAUACCUACUUAACUUCUAUUAUAACUACCCCAUAACCACUAUAGCUACGACUAUACCAUAAUCACUAUUAUAACCACUCCUAACAACCACUGAUGUAACUAAACCACUCUACUCUCCACGACCAUUUUUACAAUUACCCCACACUGCUGUUACAAUUACUGUUAUAAUUAUUCCACUCUACCACCCUGCUGCAACUACCCCACCCCUACAUACUUUUAUAACUACCCCCCCCCCGUAAAUACUACACACUUAUCUCUCGCUCCAACCACAUCUGUUUAUCUUCUCUUGAAUGAAACACUAUCUGGUUGUUAUUAGGUUGCUGUAUUCUAUUAAAGGAAUGAUUCUAUUGGUACUUUGUAUAUAGCAGUAACCAGUGGUAGUGUAGCAGUAACUUGUGGCUAUGUAGUGGUAACUGAACAAAAGAGAAUAAAUUGCAUUUAAAAUUAAA